AAUAUUAUACUUUAUUUAUUUUUUGUCGAGGGAAAAGCACAAAUCGAAAGAAAAGAUCGAUUAUUCAUAAUUCAUUUAUUAUCCAAUGCAUAAUUUUGUUUUGAUGAUGGAGAACAGGGAUGCAUCGAAAAGACAGGGGACGAUCUGGAGGGCGUAAAAAGGGUGACAAGGGAGGUCGACCGAAUCGUAACCAAGGAAGAAAUUAUGAAUCAGUUCAUCGCAGAAAUUUAGACUUGUUUGCAGCUCCACUAUUAUUUUUAUUUAGCCUUUUACGAUAUUUGGCAGUCCAACUGUGGGUUGUGUUAGGCAUUAUUAUUUGUAGGUCUAGAUCUGCAAUUCCUUCCAGAAAUAGAUGGCGGCAAAAUUCAGCUUUGAUUUCUGAUGCUGAAUCUGGUGCAAAUACUGAACUUCACCGAAGUUCAAAAAUGGCUGCUAGGGAUCCAGGACCUGGUGAACCAGCAUUAGUUUCACAGAAACAUCACCACAGAAAAGCUUUUGAAUAUAUUUCAAAAGCUUUGAAAAUUGAUGAGGAACAUGAUGGUAAACAAGAUAUAGCAAUCGAUAUGUAUAAAAAAGGCAUUAUAGAACUUGAGAAAGGAAUUAGUGUUGAUGUCAGCAGUGGUGAAGGCUCUUCUUGGGACAGGGCAAGAAGAUUGCAAGAAAAAAUGGUAACAAAUAUGGUGAUGGCUAAAGAUAGACUUGACGUUUUAGAAAAAGCUUUACAGGAAAUAAAUAUGUUAGAUAAUACUCCUGGACGUUUUGCUGAAGGUCAUGAGGCCCAAGAACCAUACCCUUUUACACCUCCUCAGACUUCUAAUAUAACCUUGAGACAGCGUAAAGGAGAAACGUUGACUCCUAGAUCUCCUUUACAUAGAAUUCCAAAAAAUACCAAGCCGAGCCAAGAUACAAGUAAAAAUCCAGUUUCGUACAAACCAAUUAGAGGAAUGAAACAACCAAUAGCUGUACAUAAAAGUAAUAGUCUCCCUAGAACAUUUAGUCCUAAUAGAGGAAAUAGGAUGCCCCAAACACCUUCACCGAGGACAAAUAGAACGCACAGCAGACAACAGUCAGAAAAUUUGCCCUCAAACCGUCCAAAGAAGAUAGAUAUAAAUCGCCUAAAACUAAAAAAUGUAGAUAAGAAAUUAGCAGAGACAAUAUUAGGAGAAAUCAUAGAUACAGGACCUCAUGUUGAUUUCAAAGAUAUUGCUGGACAAGAAGCUUCUAAACAGGCCUUACAUGAAAUAGUAAUACUUCCUGCUCUUAGACCAGAGUUAUUUACUGGAUUAAGAGCACCUGCUAGAGGUCUUCUGUUGUUUGGUCCACCAGGAAACGGAAAAACAAUGUUGGCAAAAGCUGUUGCCAAUGAAUCAAGUGCCACUUUCUUUAAUAUUAGUGCCUCGAGUCUCACAUCAAAAUGGGUUGGUGAAGGAGAGAAGUUAGUUAGAGCAAUGUUUACUUUAGCCAGAGAAUUACAACCAUCAAUUGUUUUCAUGGAUGAAGUUGAUUCUCUUCUAUGUGAAAGAAGAGAGGGAGAAAAUGAUGCUAGUCGUAGACUUAAAACAGAAUUCUUAGUACAGUUUGAUGGGGUGACAGGUUGUUCUGAUGAUAAGAUACUGAUCAUGGGAGCUACAAACAGACCACAGGAAUUAGAUGAUGCUGUACUUAGGAGAUUUGCCAAAAGAAUAUAUGUACAAAUGCCCUUGAGAGAAACCAGAAGAUCCAUGCUGAAACAUUUAUUGUCUAAACAAGGAAAUCCAUUGUCAGAUUCAGAACUUAAUCAAAUAGCAUGUUUGACAGAGGGUUAUUCAGGCAGUGAUUUAAAUGCUUUAGCAAAAGAUGCAGCUUUAGGACCAAUCAGGGAUUUAUCUGCCAGUGAAGUCAAAACAGUACAAGCCAGUAAUGUUAGAGGGAUCAGUGUAGAAGACUUUUUACAAUCAUUACAAAGAAUAAGAAGAAGUGUACCUCAGGGAACGCUACAGAAAUAUGAAGAGUGGAAUAGAGACUAUGGAGCUGUCGCAGUGUGACAAAACUUAUAAAAUAUAAUUUUAUAAUCAUCUUGUCAGUGGCUCUUUUCACAAAAUAUUAUGACUUAAUAUGAUUUAAAGUCAGACUGAAAUGCUCACAACUUUUUUCUAAUAAUGUUCAAUUAAAAUGUUCAGUUCUUCAACAUGAUUUUUGUUGGUAGUACAAUGUCAUUUUUAAAAUGUUUAUUAGAAAUGCUUUUACAUACUAUGUAUGAAGAUUUUUCUUGAAUAACAUACUUAAUGUAAGUUUGAAGUAUCAAGAUUGAAAUGAUGUAGGCUAAUAGGAAAUAUCUAGAGGAACUUGUUUGACCAAACUUUUAAAACAUUUGGAAAAAAAAUGAUUGAGAGAUUGAAUAUUAGACUUUGUAAUAGAUAUCUUGUUUUCAAAGGGAACAGUAUACAGAUAGUCACAUUCCAUUUCAGUCAUAUAACUUUCAUUCAUGAUUGUACUGUGUAGUUAACUUGUAUACUAAUUGCAUUUAAUAACAUUUUAAUAAAUGUUAAAAAGGUUGCUGUUUGAAAUUAUCCAAUAUUUGUUGUAGGAAGCUUUAAUUACUGUACAAAAUACAAAACUCAUUUGUAACAAACAUUUAAUGUAAAACCUGUUGUUCAUCAUUGUAAAAGCAUAAUAUGUAAGCAAUACUGUUUGUGAAAAUAUAUACCCAUUAAAUAGUUAUAUAGAUAAACUUCUAUAUGUAUUAACACUUCUUCCACUCUGAAAUGCCCGGUACCAAUUCAUGUUUUUUUCUUCAUAUUCAUAAAAGCAUUAAAAUUAUUUUAAGCUAUGCAAUUUCUUUAAUUCUAGUCAUUUCAUUAAUAAUGUAGUCAUUUCAUUAAUAAUGUUUUGCUUGAAUUUUCACAUUGAAUGCUUAUAUUUGUAUGCACAAUCAGAAUUAAGUUAUUAUUAUCCACAAAUGUAAACUUUUUAAAGUUAUUUACAUUUUAAUAGCUGUUUGAAUUUAUGAACUAGUUACAACAUAUGAAAAUGCAUUUUUUCCUGACCUAGCAUCUGUUGUUUACCCUUUUGUUAAGUUAUGUAUAUAUUGAUUCAAACAAAACCUGUGCCAAUAAGUUUGUAUAUAGUACAAUGUAUCUUACAGUAGGACUUUUGAUACAAUUGUUUUUUUUUAGUAUUUUUAAAGCUAAAACUUUCCAAACUGUUCAAACUGAACACCUCUUUUACAGAUGAUUUCGCUUGUAUUAAACAGGUGCUUGGUUCAACACAUUGCUCAAACAUUUUCCUGAAGGUCCUGAUCCAAGCAUUCAGUUUAUUCAAAUUUCAAGUCAACACAGGAUUUAGUUUAGACAGAUUUCACAAUAAUAGAUUAUCUCCCUUGCCAAUCCCAUUCCCCGCCGAAUAGACCCAAGUUGAAAAUCUAGUCAUAAAGUUCUACAAUGCUUUUUAUGUGUUUGUUUUGUGGAUAUGUGAUACAUGUAUAACUGUUUGUAUAAAAGAACAUAUGCUAUGUCAAUCACAUUUUGUUUUUACAAUGAAUUACUUGGUUGGAUGGAUGUAUCAACAUAUUUUGUAUCAGAUUCACAUGGCAGCUCGGUUAUGGUUCAUGAAUAAAUUUUGCUUUAAUUCAUUACCAGCUGAUCAGAGAAGGAAUAUUGUUUUCCAUAAAAGGAGAUUAAACUCCUUUCUGUAAUAUUAGUUUUCAAAAGAAGACUUCCAAAUUAAAGUUAGACAUCAAACAAAAAACAUCUCAUAAAACAUUUAUUAAAGUUUUGUAAUAUAUUUAUUUUAUAUGGACUCAUACAGUGAUCAAAUUGGAUGAUUGCUGUGUUGAUAGCAACUCAAUGUUUAUAAUAAGAAUGACUGUUAAACCUUUCUUGUCCCUAAAUUUCACUACAAUUUAAGGGGAGAUAACUCUUUAAAUCAGAAAUGUGUCUGAAAAAGUCUGAUUCAUUAUUGGAGUACAAUUUCAUAUCACUUGAAACAGAAUAGAAAUAAUCUGAUCAUAAAGAAGCUUAGAACAUAAAUAAAUGUGUGUGAAAAUGACUAACAAAAACAACUGAUUUUAAGAGUUAUGUCCCCCUAAGUUGACCUCCAUAAGUCAUGCAUGAGUCUGAUGAGGUAAACUCGGUUAUAAAUGAUAAAAAAAAAAUAGUGCUCUGUUCUAUAAUUGUUUCAAUAUGUUUUAGAUGUUUAUUUAGUAUACUAUGUAUACUUAUUUAAACAUUUUUCUUUGAUUCAAGGUUAAAACAUUUUUUUGUGAUAUCAGUUUUCUAUGGGUAUCAAUAUUUGACACCAAAGUUUGCUUAAUUUGGCUAAUAGAAAUUAUAUAUGUUUGCUUUCUACCUCAUAAUUUUUGCUCCUGUUAAUUCAAAAAUUAUUGUGAUAUUUUUUUUGAUAAUGUGUUAAAUGCAACAGGAUGAGUAUAUAAACUGACAAAAACAAAAAAAAGUAAUAAAACUAAUAAAGAACUGUAAAAUGUAUAUGGUCACAAUUUUAUUAAAGGUUUAAAAUUCACAAUAGCAAAUGCGCACAUUAAGUUUUGAAUUGACAGUGAUUGAUGUGAUUAGUUGUCAGUAAUUAUAAUCAUGUUAAUAUCCAUAAUGUUCCAGUUUCAUUAAAGAACAGAUUUUUAUAACUAAAAACUUACAUAUAUAAAAGAAAAUAUAGGUAACAGUUAACAGUUUGAAUAGGGAUGGAAUAUGCAGUAUACCAACUUAUGUUUAAAGAUACUUUUUUCUCAUUUAGCACUUUUUAGUGGAUUUCGCAGCAACAUAUUUUCAAGAUGUUGUAACUUCUGUGUGGUAUAUAUUACAGAUGUUGCAAAUAUGAUGGCACUCCAAAUAAGAGAUAAAACAAAAUAUGAAGUCUGAAACAGCAGGGAAAAAAAGAUAAGAAAAUUGAGGGAUGGGUAAAAACUACACGGUACCAGUAUCAAGUCUUCAUUUCAUUGAAUGUAAAAAAAAAACCAAAAAAAAAAAUGGCUCCACAAUUUAUAAAAAUAUUGAAAGUCUAAUAUUUUGAAAUUAAAACCUUAGAAAAUAAAAUGUUUUUUAAGCAGGAGCUUUUGAAAAGAACACUCUUUAAAUUGACCAUUUUACCAAUUAGUUUAGACUGAUUCACUGUGUUGUUUUGUGAUUUUUUUUUCUCCAAAAAGGACUUUUAAAAAAAAUUAAGGCAGCACUUUAUAAUUAUCAUGCAUCCAAAGUGCUUUUCUAAAAUUACGUAAUAAAGCCUUUCAAAAGGACCAAAAUACCAAAAAGUUGAAUACACAAACUGAAAUGAUUUAGAUUUUAUAAAACCUGAAAUAUACUGAAUACGACUUGCAAAAUAUGUGUAGCUUUUUGUAACUGUGUGUGUAAAAUAUUGUUGAUAUGUUAGUGCAAAAAUGGAUUUAUUAACCCACAUAUGAAUGUUUUGUAUUAAUCUUCUUACCUGUAUUUUUUGUAUGAAGUUUGUUUUAUUUAAAUUUAAGAUACACAAUUACAGUGACAAAAUACAAUGGCAUUUUAUUAUUGUAGCAAAGAUAUUAAUUUUUUGGUUAAAAUCAUGUAUUAAAUAUGAAAACAUACCAUACUUUAAAAAUAUAUUAACCUUAUGUUAAACAUUUUUAAUAGUUUCAAUAGUGUCAUUAGUUUUUAUAGUGUCAAGAGUAAGUGGUUCUAUAUACAAAUAUGAUACAGUCAAGAUCAGGAAAAAAUUGUAAUCAUGUGUUAAUUUUUUGGGCUGUAUUACUGAAUCACACAAAUAGAAAAGAAUGGAUACCAACAAUAAUACUACUUUAUUGUUUAUUUACAUUAUCAUAGUUUCAUUCAUCUUUGGUGUUGCAUAAUCAGAUGUUUAUUCAAUAAGUUAUGUUUUAUAUUAAUAAAUAAGUUCUAAAAUGC